AUGGACUCACUACCAGUGAUUGUACUUCAAUAUAUAUUUGAUCAACUUAAUGAAGUUGAUUCGUGUUGUUUAAUAUUGACUUGUAAGAGGUAUUAUGAUAAAUUACGUGUUUUAUUAGCCAGAACUCCAAUCAAAUGUUAUUGUGAUGAUGAUCAUCACUUUGACCCAAACUUCAACAAUCUAACAAUCUUUCAUAGAUGUAAUCCUAAAUAUGGUGUAUAUUUAUUAAGAUAUCAUAUGGCUGACCUACCUAUUGUAUUGGAGACGAAAGGAAAUGAUAAUGUUAAUGUGACAGAGGCAUCAUUUGAUCAAACAACAACAGAUAUUAGUAUAAGGAACACUAUUAUCACAUUGCCAUCACAUGUCAGAAGUAUUGUCAAUCUACCAGUGUUACCUGUUGGUGACAAGAGUGUACAUUUAUCAUUACCAGAAAGUAUCACGAGUAUUGUGAUGUGUGACAGAUUCAACCAAUGUCUUAAACCUGGCUCGAUACCUCCUACUGUCACCUCAUUCACUCUAGGACUCAAUUAUAAUCAAUCGAUUGAACUUGGUGUCCUACCCUCAUCCAUGACCAAGUUAAAGUUUGUCUCGGGAUCCGAGUACAACAAACCAUUCAUCACUGGGGCAUUGCCGUCAUCACUCAGAUCACUCAAACUUGGACGAGCGUUCAACCAGGGGAUCAUGGCUGGUGUGCUCCCCGAGUCAUUGAUCAAACUGGUGUUUGGUAUUGACUUCAACGAGAUACUUAUUCCAGGUGUGCUACCAAGGAAACUACAAUCAUUGAACUUGGGAUAUUAUUACAAUCAUCCAUGGUCGAAGGAUGUAUUGCCACAUUCGCUCACGUCAUUGGUGCUCAGUGAGGAGUACACGCAUAAACUCUUUCCAACAAUACUGCCACCAUCACUCACACAUCUAUCGUUUGGACCAUACUUUGAUCAUCCAUUGAUCAAUAGUGAUAUGUUGCCAUCAUCACUCACACAUCUAUCAUUUCGAACAAACUAUAACAACUUGGUAACACAGGAUACAACAACGAUGUUCCAAAGUGUGUCAUUGGAACUGGCACAUCCACCAAUGAUCAAAUAUGUUUCGGUCAGACAUUAUCAUAGUUUUCCACAAAACUCAGAGUUUGGUGGACAUCUACAUACAUUGAUCCUGGACAGUUUGGUUCAUUAUUAUGAUUGGGAUUGUACUAUUCACAAAUAUCUCAAAACAGACAUACCAAAUAUGGUAUAUCAUAACUCACCCAUCAAGAUCAGACAAUUGGACACAUCAUACUUCUUGUUAAUCAAUCGUCGAUCAAGAGUCCUCAUCGUUACAAGAGAUCAACUACUUAUCAAGGGAGCCAAAAUACUCUAUUAU